UUUUAUUCUAACUCUUCAGCAAACACCAUACCUGUAAAAUUCAGAGGCUUAUAGACGUUGGGUGUUGCUCCAGCAGAUGGAAUGCGUGGAUUAAGGGGUGUCCCUCCGCCAGCGUAAUUUAGCAUUUCAGGUCAACCAUUCCGGUGAUGCUUGGUGUACUUUGUGCACGUCAUAAGCCUUGGAUCCUCAAUUCAAUCUCUCUCUUCUCUCACAGUUUAUCGGCGGCUCACCAGAGCCGGUUCAUCUAUAAUUCUCCGAUACAUGUACGAUUCAACGCCGAAUUAACAAAACGUCGACAUCAUUCAACCGCCUGUAGCCUUGGCGGCGGUUUGAACGAACGCGGCGGCGGCGCAGCCUCUAUAUGGCAUGCCAUCCUUCCUUCAGGAGGCGGAGGUAGGAAAUGCGGUUGCCGUCGCCGCAGAGAUGAGAGAAAGCCGGGGGAGGGGUCAUGGAAUGCGGCGUGGGAUGCAAGGCCGGCGCGGUGGCUCCACCGUGCCGACUCGGCUUGGCUUCUCUUUGGUGUUUGCGGCUGCCUUGCACCUAUUGAUUACUGGACUGACAAGUGUGAAAAUCUAGAGGCUGUUACAGUUGUGGAUGAGAAAGAUGUAACGGAUGGUGGCGAUGAUUCCAAUGAAAAAGAGAGAUGUGAACUGGCGGCCAGAAGUGAGAAGUCUGGUGCUGGUUUCAAGGUCAUAGGGAUGCUAGCGGAUGGGAGAUGUUUAUUUAGAGCAUUAGCACAUGGUGCUUGCAUGAAAAGUGGAGAAGAAGUCCCAGAUGAAAAUCAACAAAGAGAACUUGCUGAUGAAUUAAGAGCCCAGGUACAGAAUGGAGUUGUGGAUGAGCUUUUAAAGAGGCGCAAAGAAACAAAAUGGUUUGUUGAAGGAGAUUUUGAUGCAUACAUAAAGCACAUUCGACAACCUAAUGCAUGGGGUGGAGAAACUGAAUUGCUGAUGGCUACUCAUAUUUUGAAGAAAUUGAUAUCUGUCUUCGUGAUAGAUCAAAGAUCAAGUGAUCUGGUCAACAUAGCGAAUUAUGGUGAAGAAUAUCGUAAGGAUAAAGAAAGUGCUAUCAAUGUGCUGUUUCAUUGGUAUGGCCACUAUGAUCUAUUGGAGACUUCCACAGAUCAAAGGUGUUUGAGAAUAAAAGAGUAAAAUUUUGGUAAGUUUUUUAGAAAUUUUGAAUGAGUUUAUCGAUAUCGAUAUGGUAGCUUGUAUUUUCAUAAUGAGUACAUUACAACCAAAUUAGAAUCUAUCCUAGGAUGAAUAAAUCUUGUUCAUUAAUAAGUUCCUUAAAUUUUUGUAUCUCCAAACGGUUGUUUUUAGGGAUCUAUAAUGAUUUUUUUUCUUAAUUUACUGUAACGACAAAAUAGCAGAGAAUGAGGAAUCGGAGCUGGUUCAAUAAUGGUGUGUUAUAUCAAAUUGAAUACUAGAUGAAAAUAAUGAGAUUGGUUUUAUAA